GAGUGAGAGAGAGUGUAUGUGUAUGUGUAUGUGUAUGUGUAUGUGUGUGUCAGCCGUACCCAUCAUGGCCCCUGAGCAGCAGCUGAUCAGACGGACCGCCGCUCCGCCAUCCUCCUCCAGCGAGCAGCGGCACCGGUGAAGAGGCUCCAUGUGUCCCCCAUCCUCAGUCAGAUUUCUGAGCAAGAGGGCCGCGCUCCAGCCGCCCAGCGCGAACAUGAAUAAGGAUUAUUCCAUUAAUCUAUCGGUGCAGCAAGUGCUCAGCCUGUGGGUCCAGGGCACGGUACCGACCCUACAGCACUUCACAGAAAUGUGGUACUGGGUGUUCCUGUGGUGUCUAUUCUCGUCUCUGUUCGUUCACAGUACCGUGGGUCUGCUGAUGUGUGUGACUCUGCAGCGUCAUAAGAGAGGACGGCUCAUCACACUGGUGCUCAUCAGCGUGGGGUUCCUGGCCUCUCUCACCGGCGGGGUCAUCACUAGUGCAGCAGUGGCAGGUGUGUACCGUGUGGCAGGGAAGGACAUGGCUCCUCUUGAAGCUCUGGUGUUUGGGGUGGGCCAGAAUGCUUUCACCGUCAUCAUCUCAUUCUCACGGAUCUUGGCCACUCUUUAAAUGGACUGAAAGCAUCAUUGACUGACACACCCAACAGCCAAUCGGCCGGCAGAAGAGCCGGGGUCGAGGUGAGUGGGGUUUAACCACAGAGGUUUGGACUGCGGUACAAAACGAUGAGCUUUAGGAGUCACUAAUGGCCAAUGGACCACUAUAUGAAACCCUCUGGAAUGGCAGUCUUGGAGAUUUGAACAUUUCAAGAAGCAAAAACAGCAUUAUAGGCCAAUGACUCAAUCAACGUGCCAACUGCCUUGAUGGAGGAUUGAGAUGAAUCUUCGGAUGUCUGUCUGUCUUUGUUAAACAUUUGUUUUGUUUUUGCACAUGGAUCGCUUCAGCUUUAUGGAAACUGGGUGGUUUUGGAGCCGUAGCUGGGCUGUAACGCCAAGAUGGAUGCAUCGAAAACAUCCUCCAAUAAUUUGACUGUCAAUAUGUCUGUCUGUCCUCAAACAUUUUCUAAUUCUGCUCUGCUGAACGGCCCGAAACAUUCCUGUUUGUAUUAUUAUAUAUUUUCCCUCUGGUCCAGCAGUAUUACCACAUCCAGUUUUCUUCUUCCACUUUGCACUUUCUGCAUUUUGAAAACUGUCUAAAAGGUGUAAGAUCUGUAGAAGGUAUGCUGGGAUGCAAUAUGGACAUUAAUUCGAGGAGGUUUAGGUGUAAUCUGGUCUCUUUUAACCAAUAUAAAUGUAUCCAUAAUG